CCACAAACCAGAUGACCAUCUCUGGAUCCCGCUGAGCUCCGUCAGUCACACCGCGGAGCAGCGAGUGCAGCAGGCGGCCCGACACCACCCAGCGCACGGAUCAGGAAAGGACGGCCGACUGGGGGGGUCAAAAACAUUUCGGAUUUGACGCAUCAGCUAUGAUGAACAUCCACAACGUUAAGUAGAAGUAAACGGAGCUCUCACACCAUAAACGCGUCGAGGAUGAACGGGACUGCAGCGCACACAGGAGCGGCUUCUUGCCGUUUCGCUCACUAUUUUGUUGUGUGUGGAGUGGACACGGAGACGGGCCUGGAGCCGGACGAUGGAGCAGGCGAGGGCUUUGAGCAGAGCCCCAUUCGACGGUCGUUCAAGUCAAAGGUUCUGGUGCACUAUCCCGAAAGCACAGACAGGAACCCCUUCAAUAAAGAUGCUGUUAACAUGCUCUGCAUGCCGAGGGGUCUUUCCUUCCGUACACAGGCAGACAGGCUCGAUCCUCAGUUUCACUCCUUCACGAUGUCUUUUGACGACGGUACACGUUCCUACGGCUUUGUCCACACCUUCUAUGAGGAGGUGACCAGUGCUCAGAUCAUCACUGCCAUGCAGACUCUCUACCAGAUGCACCACGUGGAGCACCAUUCAGCUUCAUCCGCCUCCUCUCCCUCUUCCUCCUCUUCGUCUGCCUCCUCGCCCUCCACCUGCAGCAUGGACUCGCUUGUGAGCAGCUUGGAUGAGUCAGACGCUGAGUCUCUGGUUUCCGCCUGCCUCGGCUGCGCGGGAUCCUUCGAUCCAGCACGGGACACUCUGUACGUGUCCAAAGCCCUCUGCCUGCUCACGCCGCUCCCCUUCCUUCAGGCGUCUCGAGAGUUUCUGUCUCAGCUGCACCAGGCAGUGACGUCCCGCACAGCUCCACCCCUCCCCAUAGAGAGUUACAUCCAUAACAUCCUGUACGAGGUGCCCCUGCCUCCUCCCGGCAGGUCACUGAGGUUCCAUGGGGUGCAAGGACCCAUCGUGUGCCAGCGGCCCGGCCCGGGUGAGCUUCCGCUGGGGGAGUAUCCUCUUGGAGAGGCGUUCUCCCUGCUGGGUGUGGACAAUAUGGUGCAACUACUUACCUGCACACUUCUGGAGACACAAGUCCUGCUUUGCUCUCAAGACUACCAGCGUUUGAUGACAGUGGCAGAGGGCAUCUCCACCUUGCUCUUCCCAUUCCAGUGGCAACACAUCUACCUGCCCAUUGUUUCUGCACCGCUGCAUCACCUCCUGGAUGCUCCUGUACCAUUCCUGAUGGGCAUCCAGCGCAGAGAAGGAGCUCAGCGAUCCUCUCUCCACCUGCCACACGAGGCCAACCUGUGCUUCGUGGACAUCGACAGCCGCUGUGUCGAGGUCCCCGAGGACCUACCUGUGUUUCCAGACCAGACCGAGCUAAUCCAGGAGCUUAGUGAGGUACUGCUGCGUUUUGGGCUCCCUCCACAGGGUGGUGUGAUCACCAAGCCUGCCUCCACCUCCCCGCGCCUGAGCAGCCUGGUGCUGGAGGACCUGAUGGAGGACAGAAGGAACGGAAACCUCGGAGGCGAGGAGCUGGCGGUGCUGGAGAGGCUGCAGGCUCUGGCACGGAGGUGCGGAGGAGAAAAAACAAUGUCAGAUGGAGGGAAGACGCUGGGACACGUGUUUGAGGAGGAAGAGGAAGAGCUGAAGACUGCAAAGCUGAACAUUCAGCUGAGGGAGGUGUUCGCUGGACGUUUUGCUGCCAUGUUUGGCAGGUAUGAGGAGUUUGUCAUCCACAGCGCUCUUGAUCUGGACUCCUGGUUGUGCAACCGAGAGGGGACGUUCAACUUUGAUAAGGGUUCCUUCCUAUCAGUUCAGCCUGCGGCACACUUGCACUUCUUGUCCCGGUUCCUGGAGACGUCCAUGUUUUCUUCCUUCGUGGAUGGGAAGGUGAUAUCUCGCUGGGCAGACAGAGAGCCACUGCAGCAGCUGUUUGACAGCCGUCUGGAGAGAGAACGACUAUACGACACAGACGAGGAGGACUCCCGUAACUGUCGCUAUAGGAAAUGCACCACUGUUUUUGAGUCAGCUCAGGUCAUUGAGCGCAGACUGCUGAAGGCUGACCACACAGCCAUACACCCCCACCUGCUGGACAUGAGGAUCGGACAGGGUCGUCACCAGCCGGGCUACUUCCCCAAGCUGCAGGCCGAUGUGCUCGCUCAGGGACAAAACACCAACAAGUGGUCCGGUCGUGUCACAGCGUCGCGCAGGAACGACCCCAAGAGGUCAACGGUGGCUGAACACUCAGGAGUGGACAAUGAACAGAGACAGAAGCACACAUUUGCGAAGAAGAACCUCCACCAGUCAAAGCUACUUGAUUUGUCUCCUCAAGCCGUCACUGAGACUCAUCGAGAGUUUGUCGACGGGCUGCUGAGCGAGUGUCGUUUGAAGACCAAACGGAUGUUGAUGGAGAGAAUGGGGAAGGAGAGUGCAGAACUGGGUCAGGGAGAGGCUAACAUCACGGGCCUGCAGGAAAACACACUCAUCCACGGUCUGUGUGACCUGCUGGAGAGAACCUGGGGCCACGGUCUGCAGCUGAAACAGGGGAAGUCCGCUCUCUGGUCCCAUCUGCUACACUACCAGGCGGCCCGGGGGAAGACAGAGACACCGGCGGAGUCUCCAGGGUCUAGUGGUUCAGACCAGAGGACAUUUGAAGAUGGUACUCUGCUCCUGAGAGGAUCGUUAUUACAGGAUAUGAGGUUUAUCCAGACCAUGAGUGAGGGUCUGUCUGAGGUGGGUCAGGCUCGGGCCUGGAUCCACCUGGCUCUGGAGAAGAAAAUGCUCUCCCAGCACCUUAAAGAGCUGCUUACAAACCAGGAGCUGCUCAGGCAGCUGUAUAAACCUCAUGCAUUCCUGCUCUGUGAGGAAGAAAGGGAGCAGUUUCUGUUCCACCUGCUCUCCCUCAACACUGUGGACUACCUCUGCUUCACACGCGUAUUCACCUCUAUCAGUAUCCCAUACCGUGUGGUUAUAAUACCCAUGAAGAAGCUGAGCAUUGCAAUGGCAACAGUCGAUCCUUGGGUGUGUGUGUCGGGGGAAAUGGGUGAUUCAGGAGUUAGACAGAUCCCGAAGAACACACAAGAGAUUUUUUUCCAGUGCAAGAACCUGGGCAGGCUGAGCACUCUGCAGCUGGGACAGGAGAACUCCGGCCUGCUGGCCAAGUGUCUGAUCGACUGUGUGAUGGUGUAUAAUGAGAUCACUGGACACACAUACAAGUUCCCGUGUGGUCGAUGGCUGGGGAAAGGCGUGGGCGACGGCAGCUUGGAAAGAGUCCUCAUUGGUCAGCUGGUGUCACCUGGUGGAGAAGAGGACGCUGGCAGGUGGACAGGGACGCCUCCGGAGCUGGCCUCUCCUUCUCAGAGUGUGCGGGCAGUGCUGGGAUCGCUUGGCAGCCGAAGCAGAAUGCUGUCUGUUGAAGUACAUGAGGACAUGAGGGAGGCAGCAAAUAACCUUGUUAAACACUUCCACAAACCCGAACAAGAGAGGGGAAACCUGACAGUGUUGUUAUGUGGUGAAGGAGGUCUCGUGCUUUCUUUGGAGAAGUUCCUCCUGCACGGGCUCAAACCUAACCGUCUUUUCCAGAGGAAUGUGUUUGUUUGGGAUUUUGUGGAGAAGGCAGUGGUUUCCAUGGAGACAGCUGAUCAGAUGGGUGACCUGCAUGGAUCAACAAUGACAAAGGGCCCACCCUGCGACUCACUGUGCCAUUACGUCAAUGCCAUCAAUGCCUCGCCACGAAACAUUGGAAAAGAGGGCAAGUUUCAGCUGUUCGUCUGCUUUGGAAUCAGGGACCGGCUUCUCUCUCAGUGGCUCCCCCUGCUGGCAGAGUGUCCCCUGACAGUGCGGACCUACGAGGAAGGUGCUCUGCUGCGAGACCGAGCUGCUGUACACUCCCUUUCCCGCAUCCUGCACACACUCAACGAGUUUACCAUCACCCUGGAGACUGCACUGGUCAAAGGAGUUGACCUCUGACCCUGACCCUGACAGAUAAGCCCCUGCUCUGUAACCUACUGCAGGAAUGCAGAUGGGUAAAAAUAUUCAUCUUUCCAUCAGUGGGAAAAGAAAUUGAGACACUUGAGAAAAGUGACUUUAUCAUAAAAGAGGACAGUGGACCAGAUGACGUCACUUGCAACUCGAGCUCCAAACAUAUUGCCUUGUUCACUGAUGUAAAUGUCUUAUACACUGUAUUUGCUUCAGGAAUUAGUCAGAUUUUUCCUAUGCUUGUUUACACUGUGAAAUUCUGUUUCCUCAAGGAGAAAGCAAGAGUCAUUCAUAUUCCCACAUUUACAGUAGAUAUUUUCACAGCUCACACCAUUAACUGUACCUAUAACUCCCCUUCAACUGCUGUAUUGCUUGCACUUAAACUUUAAACUAAGCACAUGCAUGGCCAAAAUCUGUUUGUUUUAUGUCUUAGUGUGUUGUGAUCUGAAAUAUCAGGACUCAGGCCUUAUCAUAUAAGCAUUUUCUUUCCUUCAUUCAUUGGAUAUCUUAGUAAAUAUACUCCAGAAAGAUAAUGUUCCCACUCUAUGAUAUGUUACAAAAUGUUAUAUUAUUAUGCUCUUGUUAUACUGUGUAACAUCUUGCCUGUUUCUCAUUGUUUACUUCAGUUUGGGGUCAUAUGUGCUCCUGAGAUCCUCUGCUGGUGAAACACUGAAACCAAACUAGUGUCCUAAUUGUGUCACUUCAAAUAGACUUUGUCACUUUGUCGGAAAGCUUUUUUCCCCUCUCUCAUUGUAAAUAUUUUGCCUCAUUAGACCUUUGAUAGAAUUGUGCCCAUUUGUUAUUAUGGUGUAAUGAAUUUGUGGCAUACUUUUCUGUAUAAAGGCAUCUUGUUUGUGUCUGUGUAAAACGAUAAAUUCCACUAUGGACACGCUACUGAUUACAUGGAUAUUAGUCAUGCUGUUUGUUUCUUGACUGUUUGGUUGUCUUCAGACGAUGAAUAGAGCACAGUUUCUUAAAAAAAACGCUAGGUAUUAUGUUAAAGUCACAUUUGAUUUUACAUUUGAAGAACUAUGAAAAUGCUGUCUCCUGCACUGUCCCGCAAGCACUAUGUAACCCACAAUGAC